AAUCCUGAGCGUCUGACGUCACUGCCAGGCGCCCUGUAGCACGUUGGCCGGGCCUUCGGCGGGCUUUUCGGGGACCAAGAUGUCUAUGGCCAGCGAUUUCUACCUGCGCUACUACGUAGGACACAAGGGCAAGUUUGGACACGAGUUUCUGGAGUUCGAGUUUCGGCCGGACGGAAAACUUAGAUACGCCAACAACAGCAAUUAUAAAAAUGAUGUCAUGAUCAGAAAGGAGGCUUAUGUACACAAGAGUGUAAUGGAAGAACUGAAGAGAAUUAUUGACGACAGUGAAAUUACAAAGGAAGAUGAUGCUUUGUGGCCUCCUCCUGACAGGGUUGGUCGGCAGGAGCUUGAAAUCGUGAUUGGAGAUGAACACAUUUCUUUCACCACAUCAAAAAUAGGUUCUCUUAUUGAUGUUAAUCAGUCAAAGGAUCCUGAAGGCCUUCGAGUAUUUUAUUACUUGGUACAGGACCUGAAAUGUUUAGUUUUUAGUCUUAUUGGAUUACAUUUCAAGAUUAAACCAAUCUAAAUUGUAUGUUUUUUUGAAACUGUUUUUAUAUUUAAUUAAGGGAUGGGUGAGGGAGGGGUUGUCAUUUAUAAUACUGGGGUUUUUAUGAAUGCAAAGCAAACUUUUUGUAUGCAAAUUGAAAAUAAGAAAAUACAUAAACAUGGAGUUCCCUUGUGGCACAACAGGUUAAGGAUUCCGUGUUGUCACUUGUGGCACAGGUUCUGUCCCUGCCCAGGAACUUGCACAUGCUGUGAGUGUGGCCAAAAAGAAAGAAAAAGAAAGAAAAUACAUAAAUGGACUUAAUGGUUAUCUUCACUUGGGUCCAAGUGGGUUGGACAGCCCCACAUGCAUUAAGUUCUGUAAAUAAAAACCACCUUUCAUUGAAAUGUUGCUCUAAUAAAAUAUGUCAAAGCCUG